AAACAAGGGUGAAGGCCAUCAUCUCCUCUCUUCCUUGUUGGUUGUGAUUUCAGUGCGCGCCUACUGCUGUGUUUACGGUAAAGCCCUCCGCCACACGGAAGAAGGUUCCAGCUAGCUAGGGAUGCAAAAUGUUUUGAUGCGUCGGUUGUUUUUCGCAAUUUUUAUAAAAAUCACUGCGUGAAGGGAGCUAUUUAUUAUAAUCUAUCCUCACAUAUUACUUUGCAUGAAUCAGCAUGGCGACGUGCAUUCCUUUUCAAAGCCAGUUAUCCUCAAUAAUGGAGGUUUUGGUUAAAGCAGCAGUGGUAGAGAUAUCCAAACUAGUCGAUGACAAAUGUGCGUUUUUGCAUCUUGAAAUAUCCCGAAAGCAAAGCGAGAAUGAGAUGCUGAAGAGGAAAUUACUGAUGAUGGAGAACAAGAACGCGCAGCUGCAGCGCGGGUUUGAAAACUACAUGGACCGAGGAACUGAUGCGGGGACCUGUCCACAUCCAACAGGAGACAUUAAGUUUCCUGAUAUCGACGACGCCACUGUUUCGUUCACAAUUAAAGAAGAAAGUCCAGAUGAGAUGCUGUGGAUCAGUGAUUCUAUCGGACCCAUUGGUUCUGCAGCACAAUACCGCAAUCGUGCUAAUGCUCCAGAGAGCCAGCAGCUUGAAGAGGGACGUCCCUUAAACCGCUCAGAGGUCGCCACAAGAAAAACAUCCGAGUUCGGUGACUUGUAUAACUCCGGUCAGCGUGCAGGAGACGUCAGUGGCCUCCAGUUCACUGUCAAGACAGAGAAGGAGGAGGACCGAUCGGGAUUCAGUCAGGAUGGAUGCCAGCACGGCGCAGGGAAGCAGACUCAACUGGCUGCUGACUUUUCCAUGGACGAAAGAGAGAAUCAGCUGUGGUCGUCCAUAAUUGAAGGCAAUGACAUUGACGCUGGUUUUCCUGACUUUUCUAGUGUGGUGGAGGAGUAUUCCAACACGUUUCCGGACCAUUGUGAUGUUCAUGUGGUUUCUAACACUUCCAAGUCGGCCGGCGUCCAGCAGGUGUCCUCUCAGAGGCCGUGUAAUGGAAUCUACAACAGUGAGUAUCAGAAGGACGUUCCACAGUCGACCAGUUUUCAACCCAGACCUCAGGGCGGCCUGUCGCAGCAAGACAGGCCGAAGGAAGAAGUUUUCCCGCAGAGAAACCCCUCACAUGUUGCACAUUCGAGGCAGCCGGAUGAACACGCCGAGAGAGAGACUGCAGCUGGAGACAGACCGGUCAUAAGUCACUCGCACAACACUUUCACAGCAGGUGGCUACCACCCUCACAGAUCUCUCUCUGGCGCGGCGCGGGGCUACGCUUGCUCGCACUGCGGGAAGACGUUCGGCCGCCUGCACCAGUUCAAGCUGCACCAGCAAAGCCACAAGAGAAAGCGGGCGUUCUGGUGCACGGUGUGCGGGAAGAGCUUCCAGUGUUCAUCCCACCUCAGCAUACACCACCGGACGCACACGGGCGAGAAGCCGUACGGUUGCGGACAGUGCGGGAAGAGGUUCACGCAGCAGAGCAGUCUGAGGGUGCACCAGCGCACACACAGCGGGGAGCGGCCCUACAGCUGCUCGCUGUGCGGGAAAACCUUCAUCCUGAUGCACCAUUUGAAACGGCACAGAAUCAUUCACACGUACAGCUGAGGUGGAGAGACGUCCAUAGGGGGAUGUUGCUCAGGUGAAAAGACAAAAAUGACCCUCGAAAAACCAAACCAAAACGCCAGUGAGCCGGCUUUCUUUGGUUGGGAUUUGUAACCUUGGGGCAUUGCUCACAGACUUUGUAUAUUAAUGCAUAUUCUACUAUGCAAAAUCCAUCUGGAUGGAUUUUAAGAUGUUUGCUUUUUUUUUUUUUAAAUACGUAUAAUUAUUAAAACUGAAUCGCACCCUCAAACAGAAUUCACACAGUAUUUUUAAGACACCUCCGAAGCUAGAAAUCCAAAAAAACAAGGUCUAAAAUGUGGAGUCAUUAAACAGAUUUUCCUCUUACAGUUACCUGCAUUCUGAUCUUCACGGUUUGUUUUAACUCCUCAUGUAGAAAUAUGCCUUACUUCAUCUCAGCACUGAAACUGUAGAAGCACAACACGCUCAUUAUUCUCCCCAUAAACUCUCCCCUUUACAGUCACAAGAGGCCAUUCAGAGCCAGUGAAGCACCUCUCCGGUUUAUGUUUUCAUGUCAACAUGGAUAAAAACCUCCCUGACUGUUGUUCCCAGUUGAAUUUUUUCCAUAAAACAUAUCCCCAAAAUCCUUUGCUAUUUUGUUAUGAUUUAUAUUAAAGGAUCGUUUAAAUCAG